AGAUUGAAAAGCUGGACUAUUUUUACUAUCUGCCUUUGUUUUUUGAUGGGCUUUGCGAAAUGACUUUUCCAUAUGAGUUUUUUGCUCGUCAAGGAAUCCAUGACAUGCUGGAACAUGGUGGAAACAAGAUUCUUCCUGUCAUUCCUCAGCUCAUUAUCCCAAUAAAAAAUGCACUGAGCCUUCGUAACCGACAGGUCAUCUGCAUCACACUGAAAGUCCUCCAGCACCUGGUGGUGUCAGCUGACAUGGUGGGGGAGGCCUUGGUGCCCUAUUAUCGGCAAAUCCUCCCUGUCCUAAACAUCUUUAAGAAUAUGAAUGUUAAUUCAGGCGAUGGGAUAGACUACAGCCAGCAGAAGCGUGAAAAUGUUGGAGAUCUGAUUCAAGAGACACUGGAAGCCUUUGAACGCUGCGGUGGAGAAACUGCUUAUAUAAACAUUAAAUACAUGAUCCCUACUUACCAGUCGUGCAUAGUAAACUGAGUUGUAUCAAGUGGGAUGAUUCCAUUUGUGUUCCAAAAAAACUGUAUCUGACUCUGUAUGGCAUCUUGUUAGUCAUGCUUUUUUUCUCUACAGCUGCUAAAAUAGUGGCUUCUGGGGCAUUAGAAUGUUAGCACUAUUGUGAACAAGGCUUUCCAAUACAUAAAUAGUGCCUGUUCCUUUGAAUACAAUGGUGUACUGUGCUUGUUUGUUCCCUGAAAGAAUCGCUCCUUUAUAACAGAGCUGACUCGAGCAGGAAUCGGAGUUAAACCUUCACUUGUAUAGACAAUAAAACUAUAAUUUUCAUACGC